AUGUCUUCGUCGGAUAUUUUUGAUGUUUUAAACAUUCAGCAGAGAUCCAAAAGUCCUGGAAGUACGGGAUCUCCAACGCCCAGUGCAACUGUCCCAAUUGCGGGCAGCAAAGUUGCCAAACCACAGGUCACCGGUAUGCAGAGAGAGCUGUACAAUCUAUUAGGUGAAAAUCAACCACCUGUUGUGGUACAGUCUACCAACAAAUUUAAAGAAAAGCUAGCGUCCAUUUCAAAGCCAUCACCAUGGACAAAUGCAUCUUUUCGUGCCAAUAAAUACGUGACCUUACAUCAUUGGGUAAAGGGAUCAAAAGAACUUUCAAAUCAAGAUCAAGAGAAUCAAUUUUCCAAAUUUGAUGUAAAACUGACCAUUCCUGAGAUAACAAAAGAAGAUUUUGAUUCUUUCAUGAAGACUAGGAAUGAAAAUGAGAAAUCACUGAAGGAUUCACAAUCUACUAAGGAAAAAAGCGACCAAAAAGAAGCCAAUAAUGUUGACAAAGAUGAAAAUACGUGGAGUUUUGAAGAGGUUGACGGCCUUUUUGACUUAUGCAGGCGAUAUGAUAUGAGAUGGUUUGUAAUUCACGACCGAUAUUCCUAUGGCAAGCCAAGAAGCUUGGAAGAUUUGAAGGAAAAGUUUUAUGAAGUCUGCAAACAUUAUUUCUCAAAUAAAGAUCCUAACAAUGCAUUGUUACCAACAUUAAAUUUUCCCAAGCGAAAGGAGCUUGAAAGGAAAAAGUAUCUACAGAGACUGCUGGCCAGAUCUGCGGCCGAAAUUGCGGAAGAAGAAGCUCUCAUAAUUGAAUCUCGUAAGUUCGAAAUGGCAGCCAAGAAAACUUUGAAUGAAAGGGAGUCAUUGCUUCGAUUAUUAGACUCUCCAAAUUCAGAUCAACCUGUUUCCCAAUAUCUAACUUCACAAGGGAUGUCUCAAUUAUACGGAUCUCUACUUUCGGAUAAAUCGAGAAAGAGAAAGCAUAACCCAAAUAUUCCAGAAAAUCCAUGGAUGAAACAACAACAGCAAUUUGCGCAGCAAAGACAGCAAUUACAGCAGAUGCAAGAGAAGAAGCAAGAUAGGAAGCACGAAAAUCAAGAAGUAGGGUCUCCAAGAAAAACGAAAAAGCAGAAACUCGAACUGCAGACUGCAAUGAAAAGAAAGGCGGAGAGUGUUUAUGCGGAACAUCUGUUGAAUAAGUUCAAUUCGGAACAAAGGGAGGCUUUGGGUGUUAUUUCUCACGGUGAAAAAUUACCACCUGGCGUAUAUCUCAGAUCAACCAGGAUAUCCACUUUCAAGCCUGCGCUCCAAAAUAAGGUUUUGGCUGCACUGCAAGAAUUGGGACUACCCACUAGGCCUGUCAUGCCCACCUAUAAAGUCGUGCAAAAGCAUGAUGAGCUACUACGACAGAUAGCCAAUUUAAUCGAGCUGAAAAAGCAUCUGGAUAAAUUGGAAGCAGAAAAAGCUAUAUCAAAUUAA